UGGAGGGGGUAGAAAGGCGCAUACCAAUUGACGAGGCAUUCCGCUUUCCUUGAAUGAAAUGCUGUGAAUAUGAGUCCGUAUUUCCCCCCUCGCGCCUGAGGUCCGGGGUCUGCGACGCGCACCAGGAUCAGUCGGAGUUGCAGCGGAGGAGAAAACGGGGGAAAAGUGAUGGGAAAGUUGCACUGAUCUCGUGUGUGGAUCCGGUGGAUGAGGGAGGACAGGACUUACUCGCAAAGUUUCCGAUCUCAAGUGACAGAUUGAAAACUGGACUGAAAUAAUGUGACUGCAAGGAUAGAGCCUUUACGCGUGGACUACAGCGGCCGCUCGCGUUAUCUUACACACUUUGGACUCAACUUUCAGUUCCAGUGGAUUUAUUAUUUUGUCCCCCUGUUUUUUUUUGCACAAAGGAACUAAAUGAUUUGAAUGAGAUCGCCUGACUGGUCUGAGCGCACUGCAGCAACGGGAUGAAUUCAAAGAAAGGAUAGAGCUGCUCUACUUCUCUGCUCAGAUAUUCCAGCAUAGUUUUUAACACAUGCCAUCAUUCAGUUCAGCUCAACUACUGAAACAGAGAAUGUGUUGAAAUCUGUUUGGAGCUGUUUUAGUAUUAUUUUUCCCCCCAUCUUUUGAAGCUUGUUUCUCAUCCAUAACAAGGAGCCAAGGCUAGCUCUUGAUAAACUGCUCUUGGACUGUUGUGAUAUUUUGCUUGUUGUGAUUCACAAACUAAAUUGUGGGUGUUACAUUUUUUGGAACUCUGGAUUCUAAGAUUUUUGUUUGUGCAGUCUGACAUGAAGGAGCGGAUGCCUAAAUUGCUUUUUGAAUAAUUUGGAUUACACAAGAACAUUUCUCAUAAGAGAGGCGUUGAAUGAUGUCUCCAACUUCUAUUGGAUUUGUAUUUCUGUUAGGAUUUCUCCAUGUGUGCUCAGGAUCCCGUCUGCGCCAAGAGGAUACUCCUCCCCGGAUUGUGGAGCACCCAUCUGACCUGAUUGUUUCCAAAGGGGAGCCCGCCACUCUCAACUGUAAAGCAGAGGGGCGGCCAACCCCGACAGUGGAGUGGUACAAGGAUGGAGAGCGUGUGGAAACAGACAGGGACAAUCCCCGUUCUCAGCGCAUGCUUCUUCCCAGCGGCUCCCUCUUCUUUCUACGCAUCGUCCACGGACGACGGAGCAAGCCGGACGAAGGUUCCUACGUGUGCGUUGCCCGGAACUACCUGGGAGAGGCAGUGAGCCACAACGCCUCGCUGGAAGUAGCCAUUCUACGUGAUGACUUCAGACAAAACCCUGCAGAUGUGAUCGUGGCAGCAGGAGAGCCGGCGGUCCUCGAGUGUCAGCCUCCACGUGGACAUCCUGAACCCACCAUAUCGUGGAAAAAAGAUGGAACUAACAUUGACGACCGAGAUGAGAGAAUCACUAUACGCGGAGGGAAGCUGAUGAUCACAAACGCCCGGAAGACUGAUGCUGGGAAGUACGUGUGCGUUGGCACAAACAUGGUGGGAGAACGUGAAAGUGAAAUAGCUGAACUUACAGUGCUUGAGCGUCCCAGCUUUGUGCGUCGCCCAGGCAGCCAGGUGGUGUUAGUGGACCAAAGUGUAGAGUUCAGGUGUGAGGCCCGUGGCGACCCAGUUCCCACCGUGCGCUGGAGGAAAGACGACGGUGACCUGCCUAAAGGAAGGUAUGAGAUUCGUGAGGACCACACCCUGAAGAUCCGUCGUCUGACCUCUGCUGAUGUAGGCUCCUACACCUGCGUGGUAGAGAACAUGGUGGGCAAGGCGGAGGCAUCGGCCACGCUCACCGUCCACGUCAUGUCUGGUAAGUUGAAAUGUCACCCGUCACCUAUUCACCGCCCUGACAGAGACAGGAAGCUGUCACAACCCCCCUCCAUCCUCCUCCCAUCACUUCUCCACCUUCCAAUCAGCACUCAUGUUUCUGUUGUCACGGGCAACAGUGACAAAAGGACAUUAAUGGGUAAAAAUAUGCUCAGCUUGGGCCUCCAAGUGCCCCCGGCAUUUGUGGUCAGACCAAGGAACCAGGUGGUUGGGGUUGGCAGAACCGUCACCUUCCAGUGCGAGGCAACUGGAAACCCACAGCCAGCCAUUUUCUGGCAGCGGGAAGGCAGUCAGAACCUGUUGUUCUCCUACCAACCUCCUCAACCCUCCUCUAGAUUUUCUGUAUCUCAGUCUGGGGACCUUACCAUCACUGAUGCUGAACGCUCAGACAUGGGAUACUACAGCUGCCAGGCUAUCAACACUGCUGGCAGUGUCCUCACCAAGGCUCUGCUAGAGGUCACUGAUGUUGUGUCAGACCGCCCGCCACCGGUUAUCCGACAGGGCCCUACCAAUCAGACGGUGGCUGUGGACGGCACAGUGGUCCUCAACUGUGUGGCAACAGGAAACCCCACCCCCACCAUCCUGUGGAGGAAGGAUGGUGUCCUGGUGUCCACACAUGACUCCAGGGUGAAACAGCUGGACACAGGCUCGCUGCAGAUACGCUAUGCAAAGCUUGGUGACACUGGUACCUACACCUGCAUCGCCUCCACGCCCAGCGGAGAGGCCUCGUGGAAAGCCUACUUAGAGGUCCACGAAUUUGGAGUCCCAGUCCAGCCAAACAGACCUACUGACCCAAACUUGAUCCCCAGUGCGCCUUCCAAACCUGAGGUCACUGACGUUACCCGCACCUCCGUUGCCCUUUCCUGGAGACCUAACCUUAAUGCUGGAGCCACACCCACCUCCUAUAUAAUAGAGGCCUUCAGUCAUGCAUCAGGGAGCAGCUGGCAGACCUUGGCAGAGCAUGUGAAAACUGAGUCAUUUGUACUGAAGGGCUUGAAGCCCAGUGCAGUCUACCUCUUCUUAGUACGGGCAGCCAAUGCCUAUGGGCUGAGUGAUCCCAGCCCUAUAACUGAUGCUGUGAAAACACAAGAUAUCCCUCCAACCAGUCAGGGUGUGGACCACCGUCAGAUCCAAAGGGAGUUGGGAGAAGUGGUCAUCCACCUGCACAACCCCACCAUUCUCUCCUCCUCAUCAGUCAGGGUGCAGUGGACAGUGGAGCAGCAGUCGCAGUACAUCCAGGGCUACAAGGUGAUGUAUAGGCCUUCACCGGAGGGGCUGCAGAGGAGCGAAUGGGCUGUGUUCGAGGUGCGCACCCCUGGGGAGGACAGCGCCGUCGUGCCGCAGCUUCGGAAGGGAGUCACAUACGAAUUCAAAGUCCGCCCCUUCUUCAAUGAAUUCCAGGGAACAGACAGUGAUGUCAAAAUUGGCAAGACGCUGGAGGAAGCCCCCAGUGCCCCUCCUCGUGAGGUUACAGUGGCGGAAAGCGGGGACAAUGGGACCGCCAUCCUGGUCUCCUGGCAACCCCCUCCAGAAGAGGAGCAGAAUGGGGUGGUCCAGGAGUACAAGAUUUGGUGCUUGGGGAAUGAGAGCAGGUACCACAUCAACCGUACAGUUGACGGCUCAACCUUAUCCGUGCUGAUUCCCAGCCUGGCCCCGGGGAUCCGCUACAGCGUGGAGGUAGCAGCCAGCACUGGGGCGGGUCCUGGGGUCAAGAGCGAUAUCACCUUCUUUCAGCUUGAUGCAUCCGGGCGAAUGACAGAGACCGUGAUCCUGGAGAACCCUCUGUCCCAGCAGAUUUCAGAUGUGGUCAAGCAGCCGGCCUUUAUAGCAGGCAUCGGAGCAGCUUGUUGGAUCAUCCUCAUGGUCUUCAGCAUCUGGUUGUACAGACACCGCAAGAAGAGGAAUGGCCUCUCCAGCAGCUAUGCGGGCAUACGAAAGGUGCCGUCCUUUACAUUCACACCAACAGUGGCCUAUCAGAGAGGAGGAGAAGGUGUAAGCAGCGCUGGAAGGCCUGGUUUGCUAAACAUUGGGGAAUCUGCCACUCAGCCCUGGCUGGCAGACACAUGGCCCAACUCUUGCUCCAACCACAACGACUGCAGCAUCAACUGCUGCACUGCAGGCAACGGCAACAGCGACAGCAACUUGGCAACAUACAGCCGCCCAGCCGACUGCAUCGCCAAUUAUAACAACCAGAUGGAAAACAAGCAGACCAACCUCAUGGUGCCAGAAUCAGGCGUCUAUGGAGAUGUAGACUUGUCCAACAAGAUCAAUGAGAUGAAGACCUUCAACAGCCCGAACCUAAAAGAUGGCCGUUUUGUGGGUCCAGGGGGCCAGCCGACGCCGUACGCCACCACCCAGCUCAUCCAGUCCUCCAUCAUGGGCAACAACGUUAACUCAGACAGAGGAACCGGAGGGAGUGGAGGAGGACUCCUAGGUGGAGGGGAGAUGAAUGAAAAACACUGCUGGAAGCCCACCUCAGUCCAGCAGCAGAAACAGGAAAUGGGCUCCCAGCUGCAGUACAACAUCAUGGAGCAAAACAAGCUGAACAAGGACCGCUACAGAGGAGGUGACAGCCCAAUGCCAGCCACCAUCCCCUACAACCAGACCCAUGACAGCCACACUGGAGGCUCCUACAACAGCUCUGACCGAGGCAGCAGUAGUACCUCUGGGAGUCAGGGUCAGAAGAAGGGAGUACGCACCCCCAAACUACCCAAACAGAGCACAAUGAAUUGGGCUGACCUUCUGCCCCCUCCCCCUGCAAACCCACCCCCAAGUCGGAGCACAGAGGAGUACUCUCUAUCCAUGGAAGAAAGCUGUGAACCAGACAUGCAGUGCCCCAUGCCCCCCUCUCACAUGUACCUGCAGCCUGAUGAGCUGGAGGAGGAAGAGGAGAUGGAGAGGGGGCCCACUCCUCCCAUCCGAGGGGCAGCCUCUUCCCCCGCAGCUGUAUCUUACAGUCACCAGUCCACAGCCACUCUCACACCCUCACCCCAGGAAGAGAUGCAGCCGAUGCUCCAAGACGCACCCGACAGCCACGAACGCAGGCGCCACGCUGUGAGCCCCCCACCCCCUCCAAGGCCCCUCUCCCCUUCACACACAUAUGGGUACAUCACCAGCCCAUUGGCCUUGGACACUGACGGUAUGGAGGAGGAGGAGGAUAUUUUGGAGGAAGAGGAGGAGGAAGGUGACGAGACAGAUGCAGAGGUGGCCAAGAUGCACUACCACCACACUCACCCCCACACACACCCCCACCAUCCCCAGAUGCAUCCGCGAAGGUUGCUGCUACGAGGGCUCGAACAGACGCCCGCGUCCAGCAUGGGCGACCUGGAGAGCUCGGUGACCGGCUCCAUGAUCAACGGAUGGGGGUCGGCUUCUGAAGAGGAUAAUGUCUCUUCAGGGAGGUCCAGUGCCGUCAGCUCAUCAGAUGGAUCCUUCUUCACUGAUGCUGACUUUGCUCAAGCGGUUGCCGCAGCGGCAGAGUAUUCAGGCCUCAGGGUGGCCAAAUAUCCCAACACACUGGGCCAAGAUGUCGGAGGAGCUUCAGCGCGAAAAUACCAAAUAAACCCGUCAGGUCACCGUCCUGGCAGCCCGGUGUCUACAGACAGUAACAUGAGUAUGGCAGCUGUACACAGGAGGCCUCCCAAGAAGCAGAAACAGCAUCCUGCAGGUCAUCCAGGGAACCAGCGACGUGAUGCCUACAAUGAAGAUCUCCCACCUCCUCCCAUCCCACCUCCAGCAGUGCUUAAGUCACCUACACAUCCCUCCAAGGCAGCCCUGGAGGGCCGGGGAGUGAUUUCCCCCAAAGCAGGUGAGGCGGGCCGAGACAAGAGAGGAGGGACAGUGGGCUAUCGGCCCAGAGAGGGCUCGGACACCAGAACCAGCUCGUCUGAACGCAAAGACGCUCAGGAGAGACAAAAGAGUGCCCAUGGAGGGAAAGGGAAUAAACAUGAGGGUAGCACUGCCAACAAGGCACGCCAACACGCAGGUUCAGAGGACAUUAUGCCCUAUAGCCGACCACAGUUCCCCACAGUCAACAGCCCCCGAGACCCAAGCUCCUCCAGCUCCAUGUCCUCUAGGGGCUCAGGGGGCCGGCGGAGAGGAGAAGGAGGCCGCAGGAACCCUGCAGACAUGGGCCUCAACACCACGGGGGCCUUCCAACCAGGAGAUGAAGAGCUAGAGAUGGUAGAAAGCUGAAGAACAGAGGAGGAAACCGAGGAACUGUCCUGAUUUUUCCAAUAGCGGAGCACCAUUGUUUCUCUUACGAUUUUAAAUAUCUCAGUAUUUCACCAUCAUGUUGGCUGCCAUCAUACUGUACAUCAGUAGUGUUUCUUUACAUCUGGAAAACAGACCAAUGUUUUUUUGUUUUGUUUUUUCUAACUUAUCAUUUUCUAUGUCCAUUUUAAAAAAGGAAAGAGUGUCAGAAGAUAAAAGAAUGGUGCAUUCAAAACAAAAUACGCAGUAGUAUAUUUAUGUUUAAUUCCAAUGCAAUAUGGAGUGAAAUCCUACUCCAGACAUUGACAUGACUCUGCUUGCCUCUACAAGAACUUUGGAGAGCCGAUACAGUCACGUUACUGUAAUAAAAUACCUGCGAGCAGAGAGGGGUGGACUGUCUGUAAAUAUACGUGUAUACAUGAUGUCCUCUUUGUUUUACCCACUGUGGUACCUCAAAUUUGUCUUCCUUGUUUUAUUUUGCGAAUUCUAAUUUUAUUAUGCCAGUAAAUAUAAUUAUUAUUUUAUCAUUUCCAUCCAUGUUGUAAAUUGCUAUAUUAUUUAGCUGCCCCAAGAAAGUGCCACUUUGGGAUUUUUUUUUUUCUUUUCUUUUGUUUUUUGUAAUGCACUGUUAUGUUUCGUGUUGUUGUCAAUGUUUGUUAUUUGUUUUACUUUGGUUUUAAAAGCACAAUCACUAAACUUUAUUUUAAACCAUUCUAUCUAUUAACCUUUUUGUCUUACUGGAGGAAAACAGGUAUGACAAAAGAGUCUAGUUAAUCCUGAUGAUGAUGACGAUGAUGAUGAUGUAGGUAAAGGUUGCUGUUUACGAAGGCUGUGCUUGAAAGGAGACUCCUUGCGUUGUGAUUAUCUCCCUCUCCGGUUCUGACGCUAGCUCAAGUGAUGAAAAAGACAGUUAAUGUGAGUCAUAGCUGCAAUGUAUAUAUCUUUUCGCAUUGACCAUGAACUCAGCUAUUGCACAUUGAUCGAAAUGGUUACAUUGUCUACUAAUGCACUUAAACGAAUGUCAAAUACAGGAAACAAGAGUCACUUUGGGAAUCUGGAGAGGUUGGAAUUGGACAAGAAGAGUCUCUUUUCUUGAUAAGGCAGGGGUGAUGGACCCCUGUUUUUUUUUAAUGGAGGAAGGGUGCUGUUGUUUAUUCAUAGGACAUCUGCAAACAUUUGUUUCGUAAAGCAAAAAAGUAAAAAGAACUAAAAAAAAUGACGAAUAAAAAA